AUGGAGAACUGGACAUUGCGGGACAACAAUGAUUCAGGUGUUGGAACCGCAGUUGAUAACGUACAGCUCUUUUGGAAACUUCAAGCUCUAGAAUCACUAGGCUUGACUGAAGACGACCAAAGUACAAGACCCCAGGAGUUUCACUUCAAUGCCGACGCCAACGACAUGUCCGACGACGACUUUCAUCAGGAAGUGGAUAAACUGUUUCGUCAAAGUCUAGCCAUACAACAAGAUUGUCAUGAUAUCAAACCUUCUCCUUCUCACAAUACCAUUAAUGCAUCCUCCACACCUGCUUUGAACGACACGUUCGGUUACAAUGCUUCCAUGGAUCCCGCCGCCGAUAUUCAUCGGGUGCGGUCCUACACAGACAAUGUCCCGUCUCGGAAACGGUCACGUACACCCAUAGACCAGCAGGAUCCAUCAAGGUCAAAACAACAACGACUUGUCCACCAAGAUAUCAACGAGAAUUCCGCCGAAUUCGAUCCGUAUGAACUUUUGAAAGCGUUCAAUGAAUCGUCACCCAUGGAUAUCGGCACCACGGCAACCUCACCUGACAUAACAACGGAUUCAUUACUCUUUUCAUCCAUACCACCCGCUUCCAAAGUCCCGGCUACCACGGCGACGGCGAUCCCGGUGACCACCGCUUCAUCUUAUCCUUCGCUAUCUUCCCAGCAUGCUUACACGAAUCGAACCAAGGCACCCGUCGCAUUACCUAUCUAUCCUGGCACACCUAUUGAGUCCAUGUCCACCACCCCAUCGUCCUAUUCGGUUCCAGUCAUUUCAUCGUCAUCACAAAGGUCGUCACAACCAUCGGCAUCAGCCAAACCCAGUCGCUCGCUGACUCACAACAACGCAUCCCAGUCCAAAUCUGUCGUACAGAGACCUCAACUACGUGUCCAUUUAUCCAAAGGGUCGUCAUCGCCCUCUGCCAGCUCACCUAGUCAAAUGUACGCCGUCAAUCCAUUGUUAUUUGAAGAGUCCAAAGAACCCAUGAAACCAACACUGGAUGUCAACAAUCUGCGACGAUUAACGGUCGCUACUUUACGGACCCUGGGUGUGCAGAUGCCAAUCGAGGAAUUGCCUGUGGUGACAAUAGGGGAACCGGAUGCAACCGAUUCCGAGCAGGUAUUGCCGGCGGCGGCAAUGCAAGUAAUUACGGCCAUGAUAUUGGGUACCUCGGGGGAUAAGGAUGUAUCGCAAACCCUGGGAUCACAAAUCUCGAAUGGCGAUCUGGUCGCACUCCAGCGAAUGAUCGUGGAAGGACUUCGAAGCAAGAACAUUGUCAUUCAUACCAUUCCAUCCAUUCGACAGUCCUCCGCCUCAAAGGAAGAAGAGGAAGCACCGAAGCAACAAGUUACAUCUUCUUUGGCGGAUUCGAAUGCCAACCCUUACAACACCGUGGAUCUGUCAUUUGUUAAGUACGAUCCACCGACCAACGUGACGCGGCUUUUUCUGCGACUAUACCGAUUUAUUAUCAAUAUGCUUUUAUCCACCCCCGAUUGCUGGCCCUUUAUUCAACCUGUACCGGAAACCGCGAUUGUGUAUCAUCAGGAGGUUACCCAUCCUAUGGAUUUGUGGACCAUUGAACAAAAUGUGUGGAAGGGCAAAUACACCCAUUUUGCGAAAUUUGAGCACGAUAUGCAGCUGGUAUGGAAGAAUGCCAAAGCGUUUCACCGCAAUGCAGGCACCAUCCCGAAGCAUGCCGAAAACCUGGAAGCGCUGUUUUACAAGAUUGUCAUGGAUCUAAAGAAACAAAUACGUAAACCUCAAUUUUCUGGUUCCUCUAGUGAUUUUCGAUUUGACACGUCCUUGGCCUUGCCCGAAGAAUCUGAUUUCACCUAUCCCCCCAUGCGCCAAGUGUUUUCAAAGCAAAGUACGGUGUAUGCGAUUUGCGCAAUAUCACCUUUUGAACCCAAGGCGCGAAAACCGAAAGGAUUAACGCACGAAAAGCAACUAUACCUUCAACUCAACGGCCCCUUUUUUCAGGCAGUGGAGAAGAUGAAAGAAUCACCUACAGGCAACCAUUCCCCUGUGCCUCGAUUCUACAUUGCGAAGAAUCGAACGCUGCUGCGUCAAGUGAGAGCGCAAGGCGUAUUGGCGAUCUUUUACAAUACGAAAGCGAAUCGAUCUCGGUCCAAAAAAUUUCAGAUCGAGACAGACAUGAUUCUGGCGUAUCCUGCGAGCGAACUUUUUGAUAUUGAUCAAAUGAACGUAUGCACGGACAACUUUGCGCCCAAAGGCUGGAUCCAUCUACGGCCACUGAAAGUGAUGGAGCACUUGGUGUUUGAUGUGAAUGACACCAUUGAACGUGACUAUUUCCGACGUAUGUUUGCCACCUCCAAAUUCACCGUGAUGGAGGAUAAAUCGGGACAGGAACUCGAUGAUACCAAACGGUUUAUCAAAAACAUUGUGCGUACUAUUCUUAAUCUUCCGGAAACCGAAGAUCUACCAGGCACCAUGACGAAGCAGUUGGUGAAACGCGAAGUCACAACCCCCGAUAAAGACGCCAAGUCUCACCACACCGCCGCGCACUCGGAAAAGUCGAAACAGGCCAAAACCACCGCCGUCACUCUCCCCAGUCCCGCCGAGCCAUCAUCCAGUCCUUCCGCGGAAAAAAUGACAACAACAGCAGAGGCGCCGGUGGUGAAAAAGGAAUCUGAGCAUUUGGAGAAAACGAGUCCCGAAACCAAGCGAGCCAUACCCCAAGAAAUAUCGCAUGAUGUAUGGAAAAGACUGUUUAAUGUAUGCACUAGCAAAGGUUGUCACGUUCAGAAUAUUCAUGAAAAAUAUGGUCAUUUGAAUUGGAGCUCGCCCAAUUCCGAAGGGUUUUUCAAGCAAGUGUACUUUUUGGAAGACGUGGUUGUGCAGACUUUCCGUCAAAUGACCAUGUAUCAACGUAUCACCGAAGUGGCGUGCCUCAUGAAACUGAAAAAUCUUCCUCACAUGGCCCAAAUGCGCGAAGUCUUGUUUAACGACAGUGGUGAUGUAGCCGGACUUUCCAUGGAAAGAUACCAAACGACGUUGAAACAGUAUACACACGUCCAUUCGCAUCAUCGAUUAUCAGCGUAUCAGAAAUAUGAAAUCAUCUAUCAGAUCAUGGUGUGCAUGAAAACGAUCCAUGAAGCCGGUCUGGCUCAUCGCGAUUUGUCCGAAGUCAACAUCAUGGUGAACACCAUUGAUGGCCAGCUAGAGGAUGGCAGUUCCAAGAUCUGUUUGUAUCUCAUUGACUUUGGCAAAGCCGUAUUUUGUGAAGCGCAUGAUGUGCGUGAAUGGUUUGUUGAUGUGCCACGCGCCGCUUGGGAGUACGAUGGUGAUGUGGUUCCCGAAUCCAAAGAAGAACUCGAUACGUGGUGUGAUACCCUUCCCUGGGUGAAAGGAAAACCUGAUCAUGGUUAUCGCAUGUACAGAUCCAUUCAGACAUUACCGAAAACGCGUUCGGAUAAUCAAGUGUUACCAUGGCUAAUCCAUCCGCAGGCUGAAGAUAUUUACUCGAUUGGUGUAAUGAUGUGGAAAGUGUUUGCCGAGACCGAACCAUGGCGUGGCAUUUUGGAUACGGACUUGCAAGGCUUGCGUUACGUGGCGGAAGACGAUUAUCGUAUUCAACGAGCUUUGGAACGAGAAGUGCAUGGCGAGUUGAGCCGUCAAUUGUUAUUAAAGUGUCUGAAAACGCGACCGCAAGACCGUGCGACGGCCUCGGAAAUCCUGGAUUGGUUGAAACAGGACGACAUCAAGACCGGGUUACUGAACGAAUGGAAAAUGUAUUCUUCGGAAACUCGGGCAACGCGUAAAGCGAAAAGUAUGUACGGAUUUGAGGAACCGGAAGAGGAAGAUCGACGAAGAAAAGUGCGUAAAUCUACACCUUCGGGCGGAACGGGCCGAGGCCGUGGUCGACCGAGAACCAAGAAUGCGCCUCCCGUUAAACAGCCCGUGAUUCACUUACCUGCCUUGACCGGGAUUCCCUUGCAAUCACCCAAAUCCAACAAUAAUUCAUCCACCCCGCCGCCGCCGCCGCCACCUCCACCUGUGGCUAGACCCCCGGCUGUCGCCACGGCAGCCCACCAUGCAUCCAACCCCUCCAACCCCUCUUCUUCUUCAUCACUAUCUGCAGCGAUGAGUCGGUCUAUUCUUUUGCAUUCUCGUCCACCGUCGUCCUACAUGUAG